GUCUAAUCCGUUUUUGUCAAAUUUUUAUUUUACUUUAAACUAAAACACAAAAAAGAUAUCAUUAAAAUCAGUUGACGUCUCAAACUACGAUGGGAACUAACAAUUGCCGUGUUGCUUUCUAGAGGGACAUCUAUUGUGAACGCACGCCAUCGAGCGCAUUUUCCAUUUUCAACAUUUGGAUGUGUUUGUUUUUAAAUGUUGCUUUGGUAUUGUAGAGCGAAACGCAUUGAUAUUUGGAAAUAAUCAACAUUAAACCGGAUACGUCUGUGUGGCGUUUAAUGUCAUGGCUUUAACGGUGGACUUCCGGACUAAAGUUGAUCAGUCAUGCAGAUACUCUGAAGAAUUCGUCAAUAUCUAUUAUGACUGUAUGGAUAAAAAACGAAGGCAUUUGACGAGGCUGUAUCUGGACAAAGCAACACUGGUGUGGAAUGGCAAUGCUGUCACAGGACAAGAUGCUCUGGGUGAAUUCUUUGAAUCCCUCCCCUCCAGUGAAUUUCAGGUCCACACUCUUGACUGCCAGCCUGUUCAUGAGCAUGCAACUCAAGGCCAAACCACAUUGUUGGUGGUCACAGCUGGCUCCGUGAAGUUUGAUGGAAACAAACAGAGAUUUUUCAACCAGAAUUUCUUAUUAACUGCCCAAGCCUCCCCUAACAGUGACCAGCCUGUUUGGAAAAUUGCGAGUGACUGUUUCCGCUUUCAAGACUGGGCAAACUGACUUUUUUUGUAUAGCUUUAUCUUUUGUAAACAAGAAGCAAUUUAUGUAUGCAUAAUAAACAAAACCAUGACACG